UUAGCGGCUGCGCGCUGGCCGCCCCGUCUUUUCGGUCCCGGCGGCGGCAGCGCUGAGCCAGCGGCGCCCACACUCCGGCUCUCCGCGCCUGCACUCCGCUGUCCGCCCGCUGCGCCGCCACCAUGACGGAGCAGGCCAUCUCCUUCGCCAAGGACUUCCUAGCCGGAGGCAUCGCGGCCGCCAUCUCCAAGACGGCCGUGGCCCCGAUCGAGCGGGUCAAGCUGCUGCUGCAGGUGCAGCACGCCAGCAAGCAGAUCGCCGCCGACAAGCAAUACAAGGGCAUCGUGGACUGCAUCGUGCGCAUCCCCAAAGAGCAGGGCGUGCUGUCCUUCUGGAGGGGCAACCUGGCCAACGUCAUCCGCUACUUCCCCACGCAAGCGCUCAACUUCGCCUUCAAGGAUAAGUAUAAGCAGAUCUUCCUGGGGGGCGUGGACAAGCACACGCAAUUCUGGAGGUAUUUUGCCGGCAACCUGGCCUCGGGUGGGGCCGCCGGAGCCACCUCGCUCUGCUUCGUCUACCCCCUGGAUUUCGCCAGAACCCGUCUGGCCGCGGACGUGGGCAAGUCCGGCACCGAGCGGGAGUUCAAGGGCCUGGGAGACUGUCUGGUGAAGAUCACCAAGUCCGACGGCAUACGGGGCCUGUACCAGGGUUUCAACGUUUCGGUGCAGGGCAUCAUCAUCUACCGGGCGGCAUACUUUGGCGUCUACGACACAGCCAAAGGCAUGCUCCCAGACCCCAAGAACACCCACAUCGUGGUGAGCUGGAUGAUCGCCCAGACGGUGACGGCUGUGGCGGGCGUGGUCUCUUACCCCUUCGACACCGUGCGGCGGCGGAUGAUGAUGCAGUCAGGGCGCAAAGGAGCGGACAUCAUGUACAAGGGGACGAUCGACUGCUGGCGGAAGAUCUUCAAAGACGAAGGGGGCAAAGCCUUCUUCAAGGGCGCGUGGUCCAACGUCCUGAGGGGCAUGGGGGGCGCGUUUGUGCUGGUCCUGUAUGACGAGUUGAAGAAAGUCAUCUAGACCUUCCUCCUCCAGACGUGGGGACCCAGGCAAUCCUGUAGAAUACUUGUAACUGUUACGGACCAUUGAUCUUCGAGAAAUUCCAGGGUCCUUGUCCCAGCCAGAUCACGUGUAGAGGGCUGGGGAAGGUUCCAAAGGGGGCUCAUUGUGAUCAGCCAUUGGCACCAGAUUCCGUGUAUUGAUUAUGGGGGGGGAGGGGAAUCAGGAGGUCUUCGUGGGUCCACAGGCUGGCAGCUCCGCCGCACAGACCUUCGAGUCCGGGUGCUUGUGGGACCCGAGUCGUGUUUAAGUAUUUAUUUAAAAAAAAAAAAAUUGUUUCCAUUUGUACUUAAGCACUAUUCUCUUUUGCACAACCGAAUAUUUACAAUUAUGUGUCAUGUCAGGCAUUCUGCUGCAAAACCAUAAAAAAUGGGACACAGAGA